GUGGGGGGGGGUGUGGGGAGCACCGGGGCAUUAAGUCAUGGAACUGGAGCGUUUAGGUGGUGGUGGGGUAAAACCCGAGAGGGGCAACAGUCGUCUCUACAGGAUCGCCCUGGCCGUGUGUGUGUGUCUCUGCGCCGCUCUGCUGCUCGCACUCAUACUGGUCUCUCAGAAAUCCCGCCAGGAGGAGUUCUGUGUGACGGCAGAAUGCAUCGAAGCAGCGGGGUCCGUCAUGAGUAAAAUGGAUCGCUCCGUUGACCCCUGCGAGGACUUCUACGGGUUCUCCUGCGGCGGUUGGCUGAAGGAGAACCCGAUCCCCGAAGACUCGUCUUCGUACGGGAUCUACCCGUGGCUGCGACAGAACGUCGACCUGCGACUCAAAGAGCUACUAGAAGCUCCUUCAGGUCCGGAUGAACUGGAGGCCGUGACCAAAGCUAAAACCCUCUACCGGUCCUGCAUGAACGAGACCGCCCUGGAGGAGGCUGACAGCCAGCCCAUGCUGGGGACGCUGCGGCAGCCUGCGUUCCGGUGGCCCGUUGUGGGCGACGGGCUGGGCGGGGACUACCGGUGGCUGGCGGCGGAUUGGAGCCUCCUGAAGACGCUGACGGCGAUGAGGAACCAGCACGCCAAGAGCGUCCUGGUGCGCCUGUACGUCAGCCCCGAUGACAAGAAGUCCUUCCAAUACAUCAUCAAGCUCGAUCAGGUGUCCUUGUCUCUGCCCUCCAGGGAAGACUACAUCACCGACACCGCCUCCGCCCGGGCGUAUCGUGCGGCCCUGCUGAGCCUGAUGGUGGACACGGCCGUGAUGCUGGGCGCUCCGGAGAAAGCGGCGCUGACCCAGAUGACGGAGGCUCUCGACUUUGAGACCCGACUAGCUCACAUCCUGAUUCCCUCCGAAGACCGCAACGGUGACAGCAUGUACAACAAAAUGUCCCUUUCCGAUCUGCAGAGCUCCAUUCCGCAGUUCGACUGGCUGGGCUUCGUUAAAGCCGUGGUGGAGUCCGAGGCCGACCCGGCUCGCUCCGUCUCCUCCUCGGAGUUCGUCAUUGUCCGAGCGCCGCAGUACUUCAAGGAACUUUUCGAGCUCAUCAACAGCACAGAUAGCAGAACUGUGGCAAACUACGUCCAGUGGAGGUCAGUUUUAUCCAGGAUCACCACUCUGAGCCGUCGUUUCCUUUUCAGAUACCUGGACUUUGCUCGGGUAACCACGGGAACCACCUCGCUGAGCCCGCGCUGGGACAAGUGCGUGAACUACGUGGAGAACACGCUUGUCUACGCCACCGGGCGCCUCUUUGUGGACACACACUUCGAGGAGGACAAGAAACACAUGAUGGAGGAGCUGAUCGAGGGCGUUCGCUGGGCCUUCAUCGACAUGCUGCAGAAGGAGAACGACUGGAUGGACGGACCAACGAAGAAGAAAGCUGUGGAGAAGGCUCACGCCGUCCUGGCUAAGGUCGGCUACCCCGAGUUCAUUCUGAACGACACUUACCUCAACGAGGAUUUAAAGCAGCUCUCGUUCAGUGAGAAGGACUACUACGGGAACGUGAUGCAGACGUUGAGGUUCCUCGGCCAGUCGGACAUCACGUGGCUCCGAAAGAGCGUCCCGCGCACAGAGUGGUUCACAAACCCAACGACUGUGAACGCCUUCUACAGCUCCUCCACCAAUCAAAUCAGGUUUCCCGCUGGAGAGCUUCAAAAACCCUUCUUCUGGGGAAGAGAGUAUCCGAGGUCAUUGAGUUACGGUGCCAUCGGCGUGAUAGUGGGUCACGAGUUCACACACGGCUUCGACAACAACGGUCGCAGGUACGACAAAAACGGCAACCUGGGCCAGUGGUGGAGCAACUCGUCCAUAGCGGCCUUCACCGAGAAGACCCAGUGCAUGACGGACCAGUACAACGGCUACCACUGGCAGGAAGCGGGCCUGAACGUUCGGGGGAAGAGGACUCUGGGAGAGAACGUAGCAGACAACGGAGGAAUAAGAGAGGCUUUUAGGGCGUACCGGCGGUGGGUAGCGGAGAGCAGAGGCGGCGUGGAGGAGCCUCGGCUGCCUGGAGUCGGACUGAACAACAACCAGCUGUUCUUCAUGAGCUACGCACAUGUGAGAUGUAACUCUUACCGCCCGGAAGCAGCCAGGGACCAGGUGCAGAGUGGAGCUCACAGUCCGGCGAAAUACAGGGUCAUCGGAGCGAUGAGCAACUACGAAGAGUUCCGGAAAGUGUUCAGCUGUCCCGAGUCAUCAGUUAUGAACCGGGGCGCAGAUUCCUGCCGGGUGUGGUGACCUUUGACCUCAGCUUGACCCCCGAAGCAGGCCGGAGCUGCCCGAAAAGAAGAAAAAAAAAAGGCCGAAUAAAGCCGGACUCAGCAGAGAUAGUUUAGGCGAUGUGGGAACAAUAAAGAAGGAGUUCUCCUCACAGAAAGCACACGGUUCGGUUCAAAGUGUUACAGACUGAAGCACAUCUUUAGAUGGGCUACUGUAUAUUGUUACUGAAACCCAUGUUUGCUUCUUCAAUAGUUACAUUUCCUGCAUAAAUUAUGACCGAAGCCAUUUAGGGGGAAGAGAUCGUUCUACGUAGUGCAAGUGUGAGUCGAGAACCUUUCCAAUAGUAAAGUAAAUGUAUGUAAACGAUACAGUUUCUUUCUUUUUCUUCAAAUAGUCAAAUAUUUUGGUGAGUAGGCUGAGCAGAAAUUAAUGUCAGCAUGUAAUCAUCAGAAGCCAUGAAUGCGCCAAAAUAUAUGUAUACUCAAUUUAUACUAAAUAUAAGCAGAAAACACAAAACAUUCAGAGACAUUUUAUCUCUAAAAACUAUUUUGUUUACCUUUUUAAAUAUGUGUGAGCACUUGUAUUUGAUGUCAGAUAUUUAACAGAGGUUGUACCAGGUGAGAUGUGUGUGUGUGUGUGUGUCUGACUGCGUGUGUGUGUGUGUGUGUGUGUGUGUGGGCUUUGCUUUGAUGUAUCUCCUCGCCUCGGCUUCUGUUCCACUUUGGUUCAAUCUCGUGUCAGACGCUCGUAUUCAUUCAGCCCGAGGCGGAUUAGCUCGCUGAAUUACCAGCACUCCGACGACGAGACGCACUCGCCGCAUCUCUGCCUCCGCGUUCUCAAGCGCACUUCCGAGCUGCACUCGCGCCGAUAAAGAGGAUGUUCUUUGUUGAUAAUAAUUCAUUUCUGCCAAUGUAAUAAUUGAUUUGUUGUUCUUUGGGAACGCAACAAAAAAAAAGCAUCUUUCUAAUUACUUAGCAGAGUUUAUUAUGAAAUGCUGGAUAAUAAAAGUCCAGACGUCCAGAGUGAAAAUAAUUAAACUGAUAACAAUAUUGAUUUUUUUUUUUUAAUUCUUUUAUUGUGAUUCAUUUUUGCUUCUUCAUCAUAAUAAAUGUGAUUAUGUUGAACUGUGUGGCUGUUUUAAGUUUGCUCUAAUAAAAGUCUGGCAUGGUA